CAGAGAAGCUCUGUGUAUGCAAGUGUGUAGCUACGCGUUCUCGCUAAAGACGGUCAGAUUUCUUGAAGUUACAACGAAACGUGCGUCUACCUGAAGGCUUUAUAUUUUAUAAAGUCUUUUAAAUAAAUUAAAAAUUGGAUUGUGUGUUUUAACAACACUCAGAAAAUGCCGGGUCCGUUCGAGUUUGAAGGCAUCAAACCUUCUCUUCGUGACGGCGCAGACCUGCAGCGAAAGAUCCAGCUACUUGAGGGAGACAGAAGUGCGUACUACGAGAGCUCCCAGUCCGCGAUUAAGAAAAAUAAGGAUGUCAUUCUUCAACUCCGACAAGAGAACAAGCGGCUGCAUAGGAAGUUGGCCGACACCAUGACUGGUGACGAGCAGGUGAUAAAGGAUGCCUUUCAGAGCCGGGGGAUGGAGAUCGCUCCUUUCAGGAAUAAGUCUGGAAAGGCCGCUCUUGCCAUCCUGGACCAGAAGGUGUGCGACCGGGUGAAGAAGCUGAACGCCCUGAAGCACAGCACGGAGACGCGCCGGCGCCGCCUGGAGGAGCUGCAGCAGCAGUACGACAGCGCGCGGGCCCAGGCCCGGGCCCCGCAGGCCGACGCAGAGCGCAGGGAGGAGGGCGCCAAGAAUGAAGGGGAGGUCGCAGAGCAGCAGCCCCAGAACCUGCGGGUGCUGGAGAACCGGCUGGAGAAGGCCCAGCUCAAGUGUCAGGAAGCCGAACACAUCAUGAGGAGCUAUUUAAAACUCAAGGCUCACCUGCAGGAUGAGAGCCUGACCUUCCAGAUGCAGCUGGACCGGAUGGAGGCGGAGAUCCUGAGGCAGAGACAGGAGCUGCAGGACCUGCAGGUGAUGAAGAGCGACGCCAAUCUGUCCAAGGAUGUGGCCAAGGCGGAGCUGCAGCGGCAGGAGGAGUUUGUGUACAAGGAGCGCAGGGAGAGAGAGGGGAUCCUGGCGUGCUACAAGAAGCAGGCAGAGGAGCUCAAAGCUCACAGCGAGAGGCUGGAGAGAAGGGCCCAGCGUGCGGUGAUGCACCCUGAUGAGCUGAGCAGUGAGGCCCAGCGCAGUGCUGCUGCUGCCGCUGAGGAGGAUAACGUCAUCCACACCUUCGAGGAGGCCUUCCGCCGCAUCAAAGACGCCACCGGAGUCACCGACACACACGAGGUGGUGGAGAGGUUCAUCUCUCAGGGGGACACUCAGAAGCACCUGGAGCAGCUGAAGGAGGAGAACGAGAGGAUGCUGGAGCAGCUGAAGGAGGAGAGGGACCAGCUGCAGGCCCAGUUCCAGGAGCUCAAGUACUCUGGAGAGGCCAAGCUGUCCAGUGGGCAGCAGAUGCUGGAGGAGUGUGAGGGCCACCUGCAGAGGGAGCAGGAGAAGCGGGAUGAGGCGAACGAGCGGCUGGAGGCUCUGACCCGCACUCUCAACGCCGUGCGCGCCGGCGUGGACCACCUCAGCGACAAACUGCAGCACAUCAAAAUGAAAGGGAAGCCCCCGAAGUCCCAGGUGUGCCCCAGCUCAGACGAGUACGUGUUGGACCUGCUGGCGCAGUCGGAGCUGAGGCUGGCCGCUCUGGUGGACGAGCUGCAGGGCAAGGACCUGGCCGCCAUCCUGAAGGAGAUGGAGGAGGAGGAGUUCCAGACCAGCAUCGAGGGCAAGCUCCCGCAGUACAACAUGCGCAUCGAGCUGCCCGAGGCUCAGAAGCAGGGCCCCUACGACGAAGAAGAGGAGAGCGGGGAUGACGAGGGUGACAUCAUCACACGGGCCGCCCUCAAACGCCAGUCCCAGAUCAUCAUCGACUCCAAGACCAAGAGGAAGACUCGCACCAAGAAGAAGAAGGGCAAGCCCUGACCCCUGCGUGACCUCUGAGCGAGGCUGUGUGAGGGGAGCUCGUAUUUACUCACAAGGAUUAAAACACGCUUUCUGUUGUAUGCCAUGUUUGAAUUAUUAUAGGGCUUGUUUCAGCAGGGCACACUUUAUAAGCUGGCAAGGCAGAAGCCUACCUCCAUUAUUUAGGUGUGGGCGUCCUCGUGUGUAGCAAGCACAAGGCUGGCGGUCCCAAACAUUUGAAAAUGGGAGUGUGAGACCUGUGCGAAUUAGUAGCAUUGCCGUGAAACCUACUUUACCGAUGAUCUUUUUUCUUACGAAAAAUUUAUUUACCUUUAUUUUGUAGAGUUGACAUUUUAAUGGUAGAAAAUGAAGGAAGAUGAGAGAAGGACAUUAAAAUACUGAAAGAGGUAUUAAAUGCCAAUAUGGUGAAAUCCCACUCUAGUAAAGUCUAAAAUCCUUUCUGUCCAAUUACGCGGAACAGUCAAAUUUCGCCUUGAAAUGAGUCAUUGUUAGUCUGAACGUGUGAUUCAGUUUGAAAAGCAUUCUGUUCAUGCCUGAACCCUGAGUGCUGUCACUCUAAAGCAACCUGCUGCGGCACGAGCACAGUAAAGUUCUGAAGCACCCCCCUGCUUUUCCUUUCUGUCCCACCCUGCUUCUCCAGAGAUCUGUUCAUCUCUCUUCCAA